CGUCUGCCUCGUCCAGCUCGAGCGACGGCGACUCGGACUCGAGCGACGACGACUCGGACGACGACGACGACGACGCCCCCGCCGCCGACCCGACCGCCCACCUCUCGGCCCUCCUCGCCCGCGCAAAGGACGCCGCCCGCGCCCGUGACGCCCACCUCAAGGCCGCGCACGACAAGCGCCGAGGCGCCGCAGGCGACGGCCUCGCUGGCAACGACGAGCUCGUCCUCUUUGCCGACGACGGCGACGACGACGACGACGAGAGCGGCAGCGAUGGCGAGCGGCAGCGCCGCGACAGGGACGACAGCUCGACCCCUCGCGCUUCGACCUCUCGCGCCCUCCCUCCUUCCCUCGCACGGCCCCUCUCGCGCUCCCACCCGCUCCUCUCGUCCCUCCCCACCCGCCGCACCGCUCCCUCCUCCGCUGCGACCAGCGCCGGCGUAGGCGCCCACGUGCAAGCCCGCUCGGGCGGCAUCUCGCUCGCGCAGGACGUCGGCGGCGCCCUGUCGGACGUCGGCGCGACGCGCGUCGUGCGCAAGGGCGCUGUCGUCGUCGAUGGCGAGGGGAGGGGCAAGGGCAAGGCGAGGGAGGUCGAGGACCGGUGGGGCCAGGCCCCGCUGCCGCAGUUGUCCAAGAAGCAGCUCAAGGCC